AUGAACUCGCUGGUGGUGUUCUUAUCUGUGGUGGCGCUCGUCGCUGGCAAGCCCUCAGGACUCAUCACGUCACCAAUCAUCUCCACUCCUUUGGCAUACGCAGCGCCUGCCUACUACUCAGCACCGACACUCUACUCCGCACCCGCAGCCGUAUCCAGCCAAUCCCGCCUUGACAUCAAAUCUUCUCCAGCAGUGGUGACAACAUCGAUCGAGCCAAUCGCCCGCACUGUCAUCUCCGAGCCUGCACUAGUUGAUGCUCCAACUAUUCUCCCCGCUCCUAUCGCUCCUAUCGCUCCUGCUGCCGUCUCCAGCCAGUCUCGUAUCGACAUCAAGUCAUCGCCCGCAAUCACCAGCACGGUAAUAUCGGCACCCGUGGCCUACAGCGCUCCUUUUGCCCUCGCCUACAAAGCGCCUACCUUCGUGAAGACGUUCUCUCCCGCAUUCUCCGCCGCCAUUGCUGAGCCUGCUGUGCCCCUGGACACCCCUGAAGUGAUCGCUGCUCGUGCUGAGCACUUUGAAGCCAAAGCUCUGGCUGCUGCCCAUCUCAUCAAGAAGCGCUCUGCUCCUCUGAUCGCCGCACCUGUGCUGUCCCACUUGGCGUCCCCCGUAAUCUCUACCUACGCUGCUGCCCCCAUCGUGCACGCCGCUCCCCUGGCGUACUCCGCGCCCAUCGCUCUCUCUACUCCUCUGAUCACCAAGGCCUACAGCGUGCACUCCUGGUGA